UAGUGGUUGUUGUGGUUUCCUGAAAACCAAAGUAUAUAAAGAGAAACACUCAGUCAGUGUGUCAGUGUGUGUGUUUCACUCUGAGGGACUGGUGUGUGUGCAGAAGAUUCAGUAAUGAUGAAGUGCUUAUAUCUUUUGUAUGUCGUGUUUCACGUCGCUGCGGGCUGUGAUCUCUCUGGUGAUGAGACAGAAAUUACACGACACAAAGGUGGUUCAGUUCUGUUACCCUGCUCCUGCUCUGACCUGCACACCAAACCUCAGACAUUCACCUGGAUGAUCUACAGAACAGGACGUCUGACUGACAUGUUAAAUGAUGAACACUAUCGUGACAGACUUCAGCUGUUUAAUAAAUCUUCUCCUGGUAAUCUGUCUCUGCUCAUAUCUGACCUGAGAGAAGAGGAUCAGGGAGACUACAGGUGCAGCACUGAGAAGGAACACAGAGACGUCAAGAUUUAUGUUAAAGGCUGUGAGCUGGUGAAGGAGGCAGGUGUAGAGUCCAUAACUGUGUUCACAGGAGAGUCUGUAGUUCUGCCCUGUGUCUGCACUGACCUACAGGACAAACCAAAGUCUCUUAAAUGGGACUUUUCAAUAUCCACAAAAUCUGGAAGUAAUCGUUAUCAGGAAAUUUACCCUGCACAGACUGGACAUCACAGAAACAGAGUCAAACUGGUCAGUAAAAGCUCUCCAGGAAACCUCUCUCUACUCGUAUCAGACCUGACUGAACAGGACCAGGGAAUCUACACAUGUUCUGUACAGGAAGAAAGAAAAUAUUUCAGACUAUAUGUUAAAGUAGGAAGAAGAGAAACUUCAACACGCUCAGGGAAAACAGACAGAAGACAGCCUUCAAAGAAAACAACACAAGGACAAGGAACAUGUGAAGAGAACGUGAAUCCUGAAGGACGUCCGGACUGUAAGGGAAAGUCAACAGAUCAGGUUAGCAAACGUAAAAUGAGUUAUAACAGAUCUGUUUCUACCUUUGGAGCUUUUGUUGUAUUUGUGAUACACUGCAGGUAACACACAUGACCCACACAUGCUGUCACUGAACACUGAGUUAUAGGAAAUGAUCUUCUGCUGCUUCUAUCAGAACAACACAUGGUGUAAAGAAAGAAGUCAAAUUUGGAGAUUUGUGUCGUCUUUACAGGAUUUUACCUGCUUCUUGAAGUCAACAGCACAACCCACAGAAUUUGUGUUAUAUGUGUAAUUUUCCUCUUCUGUCUUU